AAGAUCAAGUAAUCCAUUGCAUAAUCAUGUCAGCACAAGAUCCUAAUUUACCAGAUGCUACAUUCAAGCUUAAAGCUCCACUUGCUAAUUUCAGUACGGGAGCUGGGUACCCAGCAUUUAAACCAUUAGAUACUAAAGGAGAUACCUGGAAGGUGUUUAGAACUGGGUUUUACACCGUUACCGGUGCAUAUGUUAUCAUGUAUAUGUGGAGAAGAUCAACAUUCAAUAUUGUACGUCCCUUGGCUGUGGUUACCAGUUUGUCUAUCAUUACUGGUGUUCAUCAUUCUCUUGCUAAUAUUAGAGAGAAAAACGAUUCAUGGAACUCAUUCUGGGGUGGGGUUGCAUCUUCUAUUACUCUUUACCAAGUUUUCGAAAGGGGAUUACCAUUCAGAAAGCAACUUUUUGGUACUUUGGCUGCUGCUUCUGCUAUUGGUAUUUUAGAUAGAGCCUUGGCUUCACAACGGACUAGUUCAGCCGGUCAAGACUUCUCAUACAAGACCAAAAAAGAAACUGAAGCUGAACCAGUUAAACAUAAGCAAGGAUUCUGGGAAGUUUGGCAAAGAAGACCUUUGAGUGAUACUGUUGAGCAAUUGGGUGUUGGUCGUGGUAUUUUCAAGCCAUAGGAUCUUGGGUCAAGUAUUUAAUUAAACUCAUUUUGUACAUUACAUACAUCUUAUAUAUUGACGAAUGUGAUUUAUUUUUUCAUAAUUAAUGUUACACAAGAUAUUUACAAGUUUC